AUGGAGGCCAUCAAGAAGAAGAUGCAGGGAAUGAAGCUGGAGAAGGACAAUGCCGUCGACAGGGCAGAGACGGCAGAAAACCAGGCCCGAGAUGCCAACCUCAGGGCCGACAAGGCAGAAGAGGAAGUCCGUGCCCUGCAGAAAAAGAUCCAACAGAUUGAGAAUGAUCUUGACCAGGUUCAAGAACAACUGGCCCAGGCUAACAACAAAUUGGAAGAGAAGGACAAAGCUCUGGCCAACGCUGAAGGUGAAGUUGCUGCCCUGAACAGGCGUAUCCAGCUGAUUGAAGAAGACUUGGAACGAUCUGAGGAACGUUUGAAGAUCGCCACCGCCAGGCUAGAAGAAGCUACCCAUAGUGCUGAUGAGAGUGAACGUAUGCGUAAGAUGCUUGAGCACAGGAGCAUCUCAGAUGAGGAGCGUAUGGAAGCCCUGGAGGACCAGCUUAAGGAAGCCAGGUUGAUGGCUGAGGAAGCUGACCGCAAAUAUGAUGAGGUUGCUCGUAAGAUGGCCAUGGUUGAAGCUGAUCUGGAACGUGCUGAAGAGCGUGCCGAGACUGGUGAGACCAAAAUUGUAGAGCUUGAGGAAGAGUUGAGAGUUGUGGGUAACAAUCUGAAAUCUCUGGAAGUCUCUGAAGAGAAGAACCAGCAGCGAGAGGAGGCUUUUGAAACCCAAAUCCGCACUAUGACAUCCAGGCUGAAGGAGGCUGAGGCUAGGGCUGAAUUUGCUGAAAGGUCCGUCCAGAAAUUGCAGAAGGAGGUUGACAGGCUUGAGGACGAACUGGUCCAAGAAAAGGAGAAAUACAAAGCAAUCUCAGACGAGUUGGACCAAACAUUCGCCGAGCUUACUGGCUACUAA